AGCCGUGCGUGUCGAUGAUCGAUGGUAUUGCGUGCGUCUUAGGAGCGUGGUAAGGUCGCGCGAGUACGGCACUUGGCGACUUCGCUGUGGCCCUCAGCAAGCAACGAUAGGGCGGCGUGACGUGGCUUCGCUUUAGUCCCUAGCGCCUGUCGUCGCGGCCACCUCCGCCUCCGUCGCUUCGCCUCUACGCGCCGCCGCGCCUAUGUCCCGACGCGCAUGCCCCGUACGAACUCCAUGAAUUCUCUCUACGUCAUGAUUUAAAAUGAUACGUCGAGCGAUUCACCGCGCAUUCGCUACGUCGUCACGGUCAGGAUACCUCUGAUGCAACCGCCGUUGUAGGUGUCGGUGCGCCCCUACGGUUCUAGUGCUGUCAUUCUCUGUGCAGAGCCAGUUAGUUGAGCACUCGAAAGGGAGCGCACGGCAGCGCCGGUAUCGAUCUGAGCAUUUCGUGUGUCCGCUCGUGCACAACGUUCUCUCGGGAUAUUCGUCCAUCGGUCGCCGUCGGCGCCGGCCUUGUUGCCCUGUUUACGCGCCGCGUAUACCUAUUUCAUCCGCGCGAUCAUGCUCGCCAACGUUAAUUGAUAAGGCGGCACACGCAUCUGCAUUUACACCUGAGAGCCGAGUGGGCUCAUCACUGUUAUUUGAUCGAUCUCGUGCAGCGAAACUUAGGGGACAAAAUGGGCUGUUUUGUCAGUAAAGACAAACUUACCAAGGAGGAUAUGGAUUUCCUCAAAACGCACACAUCGUACGAUGAGACUACCAUUAAGGAAUGGUACAAGGGGUUUAAGCAAGACUGUCCUAACGGUCGGCUAACACCGGCAAAAUUCGUCGAUAUGUACAAGAUGUUUUUCCCAUCCGGAAACGCUGUCGAAUUUUGUGAUCAUGUAUUCCGCACAUUCGAUAUGGACAAGAACGGCUACAUAGAUUUUAAGGAAUUUCUGCAGGCGAUUCACGUGACAUCAAGCGGUACUCCCGAAGAAAAACUCAAGUGGGCGUUCCGUAUGUACGAUGUGGAUGGGAAUGGUGUCAUAGAUAUUCAAGAAAUGACCAAAAUAGUCCAGGCUAUCUACGAUAUGUUAGGCGCGUGCUCGAGUAACCGGCCAGCCGACUCAGCAGAGGAGCGUGCCAAGAACAUAUUCGCCAAGAUGGACGAAAACAACGACGGACAACUCACGCAGGACGAGUUCCUCAAGGGCUGCCUCCAAGAUGAGGAGCUUUCAAAGAUGUUAGCGCCCUAAGCGGGCUUAAGGUCCACACUAGCACGGCCCGGCCACACAAACCCACCCCUACAUUGUAUACCUCACGAUAACCCGACGGCGUUGUCUUGUCCACACGACAGCACCAGAAAAGAGUUUGAAAGCGAACCGUUUCGUUUUUUAUCUGGGAUCAGAUUUUCCCAAUGCGGUCGGGAGGUUUCUAAGCAAGCAUCGGGCUAUACGCCGCUAUGGUCGGUACAAUGAACACACAGCGGCUGUAAAUAGGUUUCAGUAAAAAAAAGAAUAAAAAAAACUACGCGCGCACUUCGGCAAAUCACGGGUUUAUACUAAAGGUUGAUGAAAUGAAGAAAAAAAUUUUUAUAUCUCGAAGAGAUUUUUUUAAAAUAUAUUGUGUAGAAUUUAAAUACUUUUCAGAAUUCAAUUUUGAAUGUGGAUGUAAAAUGAGUAGAGAUAAAUUUUGUGUCGUGUUGCUGUCGUGUUGGCUUGGCAUGAGUACAGUAGGCCACACGCUGUAUACUGUAGUGUAUGUGCUAAUUGUAUGUACAAACGACCAGGGUCUCAAUUUAUCUAACUACAAAUCCUUUAGGGAUGUAUCGAUGGAAUAUUGGUCAAGUGUUGAUUGAUGGAUCGUUCGUACAUGUCAAUGUGUUAAACUAUCCUAUUCAUACUAUUUUGAAAUAUAUGAAAAGAGAAUUGCGGCCCUGUCGAUGUACACUUUUCUGCAAGGUAUUUUCGUAUAUACUUGUGUGUGGCUCACUGUCGGCAGAGUGUGCGUAUAACCGUGGAAAUUGUGUUGACGCAACGCGCGUUUCGCUUCCGUGAAGUGCAGCCUACAUUUGUUCGAAUAUAUUCAGGACUAUGUGGGAAUAAAUAUCACAGCCUGUGCCGCCGCCGUGUACUGAAGAAAAAUAGACCAAAACGAUGAAAUAGUUUACAAGAGGUACCGGCUACAAACAUAAAAUCGUCGGUUUAGACAAAACUGUCUCUUCUUUGCAAAAUAGUAGAGUCUAGUCAAAGGCGCAAGGCACAGUGUUUUAUACCUUUUAUUUGUAUUAUUGUUGCCGUCGCGUGCAACGGAGUUUGCAAAACAAUAUUUCCAUUCGCUUGCAUUUUUAUUCAACAGUUUUAUAAAACUUCUGAAAACUUUUGCUUUUCAACGAAUAAAAUAUUUUUCAUUUGAUAAUAUUCUCUAUAUUGCUGUGAUUGUUUUCAAAUGGAAUUUCCUCCCGCUAUUUCACAGCUAUUUGUAUUUCGAUAAAUUCGUUGGAUUUAGGAACCGACAAUGAAUAAAUAAAAUCUAAGCAAGCGAGCGAGCUGUGACAGCAAAUAUUUGUUUAUUAAACGCGUAUUAGGUACUUGAGUAAUGUACACAUAGUAUGCGGCGGUGCGUAAUUGCCAUUGCAGAUCACAAAUGGACAAAGUAAACACAGUGCAAAUCGAUUGAUUGCAUCUGCAUGUUUGAUCUACGCUCGUAGUUUCCCAACAGAAAUCGCUGCUCUAAAAACGGAAUCAAAUCGAUAAAAUGUAUGUUCAAGCGAAACAAUUGAAAUGUAUGCGAUAUUUUAGUAAUCACUACACGAUUGUACGCUGCGCUUCGCCAAGAGCUUACCCCGACACAUGUUUUUCGUCGAUUUGUAUAAAAACGUAAUGUUAAGCAAAGCAUUGAUGUAACGAAUUUGGCGUCAAUGAAUUCUUGAGUAUUAAUAAAAUUGAAAAUGUCCAUUCCUAUUGAUAAAUGUAUAAGAAUGAUAAUUGUAUGUCAACUAAUAAAUUUUCUGUCGCUGUCGGAUUGUCCACUUCGCUAUUUGAAUAAGUAUUGUAUCCGAACCAAUCACGACUUAGAUAUACGAUUAUUCCCUGUAGUACUCGGUCUAUCUGGUUCAGUCUUUUUCCUAUCCAAUGAAAGAAUACUGCACGGUAUAAAAUAAUGUCAAUCUUAAUAUUUUACUAUUAAGGCAACAUUUAGUGUAGUGGUGUAUGAACAGAGUCGGUCAGAUCGGUUUAUAAAUACACAAUAUAGUUGCACGCAUCGCGACAUCACUAGACAUCGCUGUGUCGAGUACGCAAGUACAGCGUGCGUGCUUUCACGUACCAGCCAUCGAUCUGAUCCAUUCUGUGGACGUUAAGUCGAAUUACGUAAGUUUUAAGUAACCGUAAUAUUUUACAUUGAAAUUGUUUAAAAGAUAUCGGUGUUGUUUCACAAUUACAUUCGGUGUAACUAAUUUAUUUGUCAACAAUUUUCAAUCAGUAGCGGACCAGCUGAUUACUGGUCCGCGUGGGCUUUUUACCCUCUCAUAAUUUCGGAGCUUUAAUAAAGAAAUUAUUUUUUUCUCACUAUACACUUAGGGCUAUGAAAAUAGGUGUUUGAGAUUUCAACUCUAGUAUUAUUAUACUAUAUAAUCGUCUAUUCUAUUCUACGCUGUGGUAUUUAGGCGUCUCACACCAUUUCCCCACUACUGUGCCUUCUAGUUCUGUGUAAAUAGUUUUCUGAUCAUUCAUUUACGUUCUCUUGAGUUUUUCGCGCCUUCUAUUUAUUUAAGCAUAUGUCCCUACUGUUUGAGCUUACACCAAAAGUGACAGGAGACAAUGACUAUUUUCUCUUAACAUGAGAAACCAAAUCAUAUUAGUGUGCCCUAGUCCUGAGUCAUUAAGACUAUAUUAGCUUUUAGUACUUAAAUUAUGUCUUAUAGUAAUUGCUUUAUUUAUUUCUUAUUUCCCAUUGGCCAUGAACACAUUGAAGGGUCGCGAGGAUUUUUGGAUGAUUAUUUUCAUGUCACCGAUUUAAUGCAUACAUUAAGUUUUCAGUGCAAAUGUGAGAGGAAGUCAUAAUAUUAUAUUUAAAUUAUCUAAAUAUUUAGUAAUAAUAAAUUUAUGCGUGAAACAAAAUGCAAUGCGCACAUAAAUACGCACAAAAUAUAUGUUUCAUUUUAAACAUAGGCAUUUUUUAAUACUGUUAUUUUAUAGAUGCGCUUAAUGCUCAGAUAUUAUAGUUUUUUUUUUUUAUUAUUAAAAAAAAGGAAAAUACAAUGGAUCGAAAUGUCGAUGUAAAUUACUAAUGUUUGUGGUUUACUCAGCCAAAUGGUAGGUAUGCUUAAAAUAAGCACGGAUAUCGCUACUACAAAAUAGUUUUUCUAUUUUCAAUUCAGUUAGACGUAAACAAAUGUAAACACACAAAUUAUUGAUAGCUAGUCUGCUAUAGUCAGCUAGAUUCUACUAAUUAUUUAUUUUGUGUAUCAAAAGUAUAAACGCGAUGGCAAAAUAGUAGGUGGGGGCAAUACUACGUUAUAAUCUUUACAUUCUGUUUUUAAUAGUUAUUAUAUAAUAUCCGACUAAUUCGGAUAAGCAUAAGGAUAAAUAAGCUGAAGUGACAAAGUCACAUAGCUCGAAGAACCGACAACCGAUGGGGAAGAAAGGUUCUUGUAGCAGCAACAGCAGCUAGCAGUAAACUCAGUAUAGGACGACCCCCCACUAGAUGGAGUGACGAACUGAAAUGCAUUGCAGGGAGUCAGUGGAUGCAGGAGUGUUAGGAACGUUCUAUGGGGGAGGCUUAUGUCCAGCAGUGGGAUAAUGGCUGAAAUAUUAAUCUGACUAACUCAAUAACAUUUUAUUUUAAAAUAACACAAUUUGAAAGUAUUCAGAUAGAUUAGAAACAGACCACUUUCGCUUCCUCCACAUUCAUCAAUCUAUUCAUACAAGCUCGCUGGGUAUGAGUACAUUUAAUUUACAAAUUUUAUGCACUGGAAACUUAUGUCUUAAGGAUACAUUCCACGUUUAAUUGAAUAUUAUGUUUUUGAAUAGUGUCUAAGUGUUUUUCUACUUUUAGUGUAACAUCAUUAAAUCAUUUUAUUCUUUUAAGUUUUACAAACAUGUCUCCCACGUUUAUAAGUUCAUCAGUAAAGGUUAUUUGCGUAAAAAGAAAUGCACUGCUCUAAUAAAAACUUAAAAAAAAAAUUGUCUCGCUUGUGUUCCGAAGAUUAUAAGAAUGUUUUCGGCAUAUGGUGGACACUUGAAUGGCAAAUAUUAAAUCUUCCAAGAGCUGAUCAGUAUUAUAUUGUAUUAAAUUAUUAAUUGUACGUUUUAUAAUUUAUUGUAGCAUAGCAUGAUAUUCUCCUAUUUUAUUGUCAAAAAAUAUAAUAAUAAGACCAAAAUACGCGUUUGAUUGUGGAAUGUUUAUGAUUUCCGUGCAAGUUCACGAAACCUUCGCAGUAAAUUAGGAAUGUCUCCAUACAAUUGCAUACAUUUUUCUUGUAUUAUAUCGUGACGAUAAAACCGUAUAAUAUCGUGUCAUGCUAUGGUAAAUUAUAUAAAGUGGUUAUAGACUAUUUAUAUAGUCAAAACUUAUAAACAUGGGUAGUACUGUACUAAUUUUUACAUAAAAACACUUUUUGAUAUAGGUAUAUUCGAAAAAAAUAAUUUAAUCCAUUGCAUUUUUUUGUAGUUAAUAACAUCACCUCAAUAUUUUGCUUGAACUUGGGCGGGAAACCACCAAAGUAAAUAAGAUCAAAUUACAAAAAAAAAAUGAUCGAAAAAUGACUGAUUUUAUACGAGUAGGGAAGCGGGAUCAAUAAUACUCAUCAUGAACCUGAAGGUUGCUCUCGUAGACAGGGUGUUGCAUAACAUAUCACAAAAUUGGAAAUUUAAUUGGAUUAUUAAAUAAAAUAAUAUUAUUUUAAACCACCGACGCGUCGUGGACGUGAACAAAGAACUGACGUAAAUUCAUACAUUACUGAUUAAGUACAUAUAAAAUAUAAGUUUCAAUCUAAUAUACAUAUCUCAGUGAUUGAGAAAUGAAAUUUCAUACAGCAGUUUUCGUUUAACAUUGUUGACGUCACGCGACCCGGGCCUAUGUUGUGUCAUUAGCUAGUGUACGACUACGAAGUAGUCGCUAGUAGUAUCUAGAUACUAAUUAAGUGGCCGCUCUGAUAAGAAAACAUGAUGACGUGUCAAAUUUUGUGGUUUUUCUAAUCGACUUCCUAAGAUAAUGCUCUCGAUUGGUCUAAAUUUUUCAACGUAAGUACGUUGAUGCGAUAGUAUAUGUUAUGCACUAGGCACGCUCAAUUGUGUGGCAGUUAUGUACAACAGUUGUGAAUUGAAUUCGAUGAUUUUUAAUUGAAUCGAUUUACUCCAUUUUAUCAGUACUUCAUGUUUUGUUAAGAUUGAGAUAGGUUUGAUUUAUGAUAAAAAAAAGUAAUUACGAGGUAUCUUAAAAUUAUGCUAAUAUUAGAUGCAAAAUGCAAGUACUAUUAUUAAAAAAUCAUUGUGAAAUUUUCUUUUAAUUGUCUAGGAGACAAUUAAAAGACAUAAAACAUUGUAAACAUAAUAAUUUAUUAUAUAUAGUAAAACAUAGCACACAAGUUGCUGAACAAGAAUUUUUUAUAAAAUGAAAACGCAAAGAAAAUUUUGAGAAGGUCAAUUUGACUUUUCUUAUUGUGAGGGGCCAUUUAAUAUCUCUUUGUCAAUCUCGUCUUAAUCUCGCCAUACUAGACUCGAUUUCUUUAACUACUGAAACGCACUCACAGCACAAAACUAUUGUAAAUCGUAAUUUUUUAUCUCUGUAGUGAUUUGUAAAUCGUCGCUAUAAGGCGCUACGUAAACGUGAACUCUUUUAGUUACUUUUAAACUGUCGCAUUUAUUUCUCAUUAUCAGUAUGAUGUAUUACUGUACGGUGACAGAGUAUCCACUAGCCGUAGUCACGAGCAUCGUGGAGUACGGCGGUUAGAAUAAGAAUAUUUUUUAUUUAAUAAUUUUCGAAAUUGAAUGCAAUUUCUACUGAGAAGGACGGGCAUUAAACUCAACUAUUGCUUUUUUUUUUAUAAACAAAAGUCGAUUUUAUAAUUGUAACAUUGGUCGCUGAUGUGCGACGCAGUGUUUUUGCGUUUGCGCAGCGCCUAAAUAUACUUACGCUAAGAUUUGUGUCUUGUCUGGUGUCACAUAAUAUUAGGAUGCAUCUGAGUCUACUGUUUCUAUUGAAACUUUUCUACAUCAUAUUUGUGUUUUGUGAAAGCUGCAUAAUUUUGAUAUAGCACAAUCGAGAAUGUAUAUAUUUUUUGGUGGAUUGUUUUAUUAUAAAUUUAAUUAUUACAACAAAAAAUAUCGUACAACUAUGCGUCGUUCACACCGAAUUUUGUUCUAUUAGACAGUGCAGCUUUUAACAAAAUUAUAUUCUAUCUAAAUAAAACAUUUUUCUAGAAGUAUUUUUUGUUAGAAACUUUAGACCUCUUCGCUAGAAGCGAAUCAAUUGCGCCUAAUAAAAAUAUUUAAUGUCUUAUUGUAUGUUUAUUUAUUAUAUUUAUACCUAAUUUGUGUGGGUUUAAUUAAUAUUUAUUAAAAUUGCUGCUCAUUUUAUAAACUUCAUUUUUGAAUGCAAAAAAAAAAAAAGAAAUAGUUCACUUUUCCUGAAUGAAAGAAGUAAAAAGUAAUUAAAUCCACAUACAACAUAAUUUGUAUCUUCGUUAAUUAUAUGUUACUUAAAUAGCACAAAAUUAUUUGUAACUACGUACUGUAAUAAUUUCUAUAAUACCUACAUGUGAUAGAAUAAGUUUAUUCUAAGCUAUAUAAUUUAGCUACAAUAGUUGCACUAAGCAGUUGUAGGAAUAUCAGAUUAAUUAGGUGAUCCCUCAGGUUUAUAAAUGGAUUUAAUAACCCUGUUUUAGUUCGAGGGCCUAUAAUAUAAUUAUAUUGCAGUUCGUUUCUAGAUUUUGAACAUAGAAAACAUUGUGAUAAGCCCUAUGUAUUUGUAACUGUAAUUUUUUAUGUUGAAAUCAUCAUAAGCGACAUUUUCAAC